UCGUGUUUGAUUGUUUGUUCCGGUUUGUGUCUGUAAUGAUCAAAAUCGUGCGAUUGUUUGGUUUUUUUUGAAUGGAAUGAUUAUAAAUUCGCGUGUAGUGUGUGUGAGUGCGCUGUGGAAUGUGCUGAAGCGGAUGAGCAGGUUAGCGCUGUAUACUGGUGUAUUGUGGGAGAGACAGAAAGCCAGUCAGACACACAAUAUGUGUUGCUCGGUAAAAAAGGAGCCAGUCUGAUGUUUAAAUCAUGUAAUGCACAGCAGUAACGCGCUAAACAUCUCAAGUCUGAUUAUAAACCGAGUGGAUCGGACAGUUAAAAUGUCCAGACCGGCUGAGAGGAGCAGAGCUGCUGAAGAUCACGGUAGAAGGCAGCAGAGUUCAAGUUUAUUAAACGGUGGGGAGAACAGUACAGGAGAGAGGAGAGCUGCUCACUGGAGAAGUUAUAAGUUGAUUAUUGAUCCGGCUCUUAAAAAAGGAUCCCACAAACUCUACAGAUACGAUGGACAACACUUCAGCAUGCCGAACUCUGGGAUCCCCCCAGUGGACAUGGUCAGGGACCCGCGGAUCGGCCGCCUGUGGACCAAAUACAAGGAGACAGACCUGCCCGUCCCCAAAUUUAAGAUCGACGAGUGCUACAUCGGACCCGUCCCUCCCAAAGAGGUGACCUUCGCCCGUCUGAACGACAACAUCCGGGAGGGCUUCCUCACCGACAUGUGCAAGAAGUACGGAGAGAUCGAGGAGGUGGAGAUCCUCUACAACCCCAAAACCAAGAAGCACCUGGGUAUCGCUAAAGUGGUGUUCAGUUCGGUCAGGGCGGCCAAGGACGCGGUGCAGCAUCUGCACAGCACCUCGGUCAUGGGGAACAUCAUCCACGCUGAACUGGAUCCUAAAGGUGAGAACCGGGCGCGGUAUGUACAGAGGUUAAUAAACGGGAGUUUCACGCCGCUGACGGUGCCAGUGGGAGACGAGGAGCCGUGUGAGGUUUCACCACGCAGCCUGGCUGAGGCCCUGCUGGCGUGUGAACCUCUCCGUCGUCUCUCUGAGAGCGGCACCGGGAGCAUCAGCACCCCGCUCUCCAUCGACACGGCGUACUCCAGCCUUCGUCAGGAGGCCACACCCCUCUCACAGGCCACGCCCGUCACACCCCGUCCUUCUGGGACGCCCUUCUCUCAGGACUCCGCCUACUCGGGCAGACAGGCCACGCCCACCUUCCAGCCUAACCGACCCCGCAGGCCCGAGAGCAAAUUCCAGGACGCGUACAACCGCCGGCCGGAGAGGCACUACGUCCACGCCGGUCACCGUAGCAACACGGAGACGUUCAAACCCAACCCACAGCCCGAACCGCCGCCCCCACCCGCCGCGCCCGCGUUCAAACCCGCAUACUCGCCCUACCAGCCCCCUCUGCCCCCUGCAUACCCCCCUGCAGAACCGCCGUUCCAACCGGCGGAGUACAGAUGCCCCCCUCCACAAGCGCCCCCUCCCUCCACGCCCGAAUUCGUCCCCGAGCCGCCUCCUAUACCCGAGGAGGAGCGACCGGUCACGCCCACGUCCUGCCCGUCCCCCUCCGCGGACCCGCCCGCCAUGGACGCGGAGCGGCACAGCCUGGACUCUCGGAUCGAGAUGCUGCUGAAGGAGAAGAGGACGAAGCUCCCCUUCCUGAACGAGGGCGGAGAUUCGGACGGCGAGGUGCACAUGGAGGGGAGUCCCAUCUCCUCCUCCUCCUCUCAGCUCUCGCCCAUCCCGCCCUGCUCCGCCCACCUGCGCAUGUCCCGCCCACCCAGCACCGGGCUGGAGGACAUCAGCCCCACCCCACUGCCCGACUCUGACGACGAGGAGCCCGUCCCGGGCACCGCCUCCGCCCCGCUCCGCCCACAGAGCGCCUCGCCCCACAGCAGGAGCGGUGCGGGGGGGCCGCACACCCCCACCGACACGGGGGAUACGGGUAACCAGUCGUCGGGCGAGGACAUGGAGAUCUCUGAGGACGAGAUGCCAGGCACGCCCACUUCCAGCGGCGAGUGCGCCAAGGGCAUCGUGGUGAAUUCGGCCGUGUCUCCCAUCACCCCACAGUCCAUGCCCCUCCCUCCGCCCGGGUUCCCCCCCAUGCACCCUCCGCAGCCCGCUUACCCCCUGCACCCCGCUCACCUGCCACCCCCGCUCCACGCUCCCCCCCACAUGCUGCCCCCCAUGCCCCCGUACCCACCCGGCAUGGUGACCAUGGUGCCGGUGGACAUGAUGAGCUGUUUGCCGCAGUGGGGCAGCGUGCACAUGUCCUUCCAGAUGCAGACGCAGAUGUUGAGUCGCAUGGCGCAGAACCAGCGCUCCUACGUGUACCCGCACUUCCUGUCGGGCGCCGCCUCGGCCAACAUGGGCGCCGUGCAGUUCGCCGGCACUCCCUACCCGCCCCUGUCGAUGGUCAGCGCCCCCACCAACGCGCACAGCCAGCCCUGGCCCCCCAGCAUGCCCAGGUUUAACCCGGCGGUGCCCCCGCCCGGGUACGAGGUGAAGAAGGAGGACCCACACAAAGCCACGGUGGACGGCGUGCUGCUGGUCAUCGUCAAAGAGCUGAAGGCCAUCAUGAAGAGAGACCUGAACCGGAAGAUGGUGGAGGUGGUGGCGUUCCGGGCAUUCGACGAGUGGUGGGAGAAGAAGGAGCGCUCUGCCAAGGCCACCUCCACCCCGGUGAAAUCAGGUGAGUGUAAGGAUGAGGAGAAGGAGCGAGUGAAGCCCAAGGAAACUUUAUCAUCCAGCCUGCUGGAGACGUGGGGCAAAGGAGAGGGUCUCGGGUACGAGGGUUUGGGACUCGGCCUGCGUGGUGCCAUCCGCCUGCCCUCGUUUAAGGUGAAGAGGAAAGAACCCCCUGAUCCCGUCUCCACCGGGGAGAAUAAGAGAGCUCGACCCUCCACCCCUGUAGAUGAUGAGCUGGAGGAUGAAGAGUCCGAAAGAACCGACGCGCCCUCGGACGGUACCCGGCUGGACGACGGGUCCUCGGCUAAACGGAGACACGCCCGCCCUGUGGAGCUGGACAGUGAGGGAGAGGAGGAGGAGGAGGAGGAGGAGGAGGAAGAGGAGGAGGAGACGGGCAGGGAGGAGUCCGUAUCUGACCGAGAGGACCAGCCUGAUGUGGACGGGGUGGAGAGACGUUCCUCCAGCAAGGAGCUGGAAAAGGAGGAUGAAGAUGAGAGUGAAUCAGAGAGCGAGAGUGAAUCUUCUGAAUCAUCUGAUGAAGAAGCCAGCAGCUCCUCGUCCUCUAAAUCUGUCUCGGGCUCCUCCGAGAGUGAGAGCUCCUCCGAAUACGACUCCAGCUCCGACCAGGACGAGGAGGACAAAGAGGAACCCAGCCAGGUCGUCAUGGACAUAGAAGACAAAGGUAAACCAGCCAAGUCGUCCUCGUCUUCGUCCUCGUCGUCCUCCGAGGAGGAGGUGAAGGCUCCCGGCUCCCCAGUGGCUCCUGCGGAGGAACAGAGUGAGGCGGUGAGGAUCAGGACGGAGGAGCCGGCGAGUGCUGCUGGAACCGCGGCGGAGGAUCGGCGCCCACCGUCACCUAAAGUGCCAGCUGAAGAAUCGGACGUCGAUCUGGAGGUGAUGAAGGCGGCGGCGCCUCACUCGGAGGGCGUCAGGACCCUGAGGCCGCCGACCCCGCCCCACACGGAGGAAGAAGAAGUGCCUCGAACCCCGGGCCGAGAUGUCCUCCCACCCUGUGAUGCGAAAACACCCAUCAUUCACCUGCCCCUCCCCCCGGGUCACUCGGUGCUCCCCCACCCGCGCCUCUCCAGCGACGAGGACGUCCCCCGUACGCCGGGCCGAGACCUCCCGCACCGCCUCAGCAAAUCACAGAGCAGUGAAACGGUACCGACCACGCCCACCAUACCGGCCACGCCCUCCACGCCCAGUGAAGCCCCGCCCACGGGAAGCAGCUUGUCGCUGAACAGCCCAUUCCCGCUGCUCAGUGCGGGUAUACCUCAGACGCCGGGUCGGGACCUGAACUUUACCCCGGUGUUCCCCGACGCCCCUCCCCUUCCUCUCCACAGGAAGUCCUCGUCUGAUAGACCGCUCUUCAAUGAGUCGGGCAGCGCCCUCUCCUGUUCCUCCUCCCCACUCCCUGCCACGCCUGCUUCCUGUUUAGAGACUUCCACCGCUACCACUGUGCCAGCCAAUCAGCAUGCUUCUCUCAUGGAACUUCCUGUAGACUCCAAGAAAAAAGCAGGACGCUCCAGGAAACCUGCCGUCGCCGAACCUGAGGAUGGGCAGGAACCUCCAGAGGAGACGAUGGCACUGGCUCCUCCAGACCUGCCCGUAAAGGACGGGUCAGCGGAAUGGGAAGCCAAACCCAGACCGGUGCUGAAGGAGGAGGAAGAGGAAGCGGAGGAGGACGUGGAGGAGGACGUGGGGAGGUUAGGACAGACGGAUCUGUUCGAGGAGCCGGUGCAGAAGACGAGGAGUCAGAGGAGGAGCUGGGAGGAGAUCCUGCUCUCCAUGCACCCGCCCAAACCCCGCCGCUUCCUGCCGCGCUCCGAGUUCGAGGAGAUGACCAUCCUGUACGACAUCUGGAACACGGGCAUCGACGAGGAGGACGUUCAGUACCUGAAGAUCACCUACGAUAAGAUGCUGCAGCAGGACAACCACGACUGGCUGAACGACACGCUCUGGGUCCCUCACCCUCCUACCAGUGGGGGCAGUCUGCCCGGGGGCAAGAAGAAGCGGCGGGAUGACGGUAUUCGUGAUCAUGUGACUGGCUGUGCGCGCAGUGAGGGCUACUACAAAAUCGACAAGAAGGACAAACUAAAAUAUCUGGACAACUCGCGCUUACAGUCAGACGAGCCGGACAAAGAUACUCAGGGUCGCAGUAUCCCGGCUCAGCCUCACGCCUCUACGAGAUCAGGAUCAGAGAGACGCUCUGAACAGCGCCGCCUGCUGUACUCGUUCAAUUGUGACAGCGACCUGCUCAAAUUCAACCAACUGAAAUUCCGUAAGAAGAAGAUCCGCUUCUGUAAGAGUCACAUCCACGACUGGGGUCUGUUCGCCAUGGAGCCCAUCGCUGCUGAUGAGAUGGUCAUCGAGUACGUGGGUCAGAACAUCCGACAGGUGAUAGCAGACAUGCGUGAGAAGCGCUAUGAGGAGGAGGGCAUCGGGAGCAGUUACAUGUUCCGCGUGGAUCACGACACCAUCAUCGACGCCACCAAGUGUGGAAACUUCGCUCGCUUCAUCAACCACAGCUGUAACCCGAACUGCUACGCCAAGGUGAUCACGGUGGAAGCUCAGAAGAAGAUCGUCAUCUACUCACGGCAGCCCAUCAACGUUAACGAGGAGAUCACCUACGAUUACAAGUUCCCCAUCGAGGACGAUAAGAUCCCCUGUCUGUGUGGGGCGGAGAACUGCAGAGGAACGCUCAACUAACGGCGCACCCCACAGGGGGUGGAGCGGGGGGGUCGGUGCACCCCUCUGGAUUCAGAGCAGCUAAAUGUUUAGGGCUUUCAGACACAAAAACCCUCUGAUGGAGGAACGUUUACAGGUGCUCUUUACUACCACUUCCUCUGAGAGAGAGAGAGAAGCCCCGCCCCUUCCUGUUUCUGUACAACACACACACACACACACUAUUUUCACUGCUUUCACUCUCCUGUAGGUCUCGCAGCGUCUCUGCUCCUGGUCUCAGUGCUGCUGCCUCCAGAGCUUCAGCUAAACAAGCACGAGCAGAACACGGCGUAUCAAAAAUAUAUGGACACGCCUUCAUUUCACAGUAACGUUAUUUGUUAUGAUUGGUCUCCACAGAAGCCAUAAAUCCCCACCAUUAACCAUAAACACCCAGUUCCUGUUUUUCAGGCUCUGAUCAGCCGGCAGCUUUGUUGCUAACAUUAAAUUGCACAGACAGCGCGUCUCUUGCACCUCUCUCACCUGAUAGUAUUAUUGUGUAUUAUUAAUCCUGCACACUUCCACUUCAGCUCUAACGUGCUACAUGAAUAUAGAACUAUUAGGGAUGGGCGGCUUUGCUAUUAGCAUUAGCAUUCGGUUCAAUACAUCGGUCCGGCCAGGUCGACUGGAGCUCAAAACCUUAGCGGUGGUGAGCUAGCGUGUGAUCCCUAAUGUGUUUGCACUGCGUGAAUAGAAAAGCAUUCAGGGUUUGGUGUUACUGACUACGUUUAUAAACUCACCGUAUAUUAAAAACAUCAGAUUUUUAUUAGAUGAACUCAAACACCUGAUCAAUGAAGACGCCCUUCCCUAAUGUGUUUAGUGCCAAAUCACUAUAUCAGUGCAACCAAAUCUUAUUAUUCUAUAUUAUCAUCUAUAGUGCGUGUGUGUGUUCAGGUGUGUGUGUGUGUGUGUGUGUGUGUGUGUGUAAUAAGAGUGUGUGUGUGUGUGUGAUUGAUAGUGUGAGUGUGUGUCUUUAACACUACCCCCCCCCCCCCCCCCCUUCCUCUCAGUGUUCAUUGAUCUCCUGUUGGUUUGUACGGAUCAGAUUUUCGGGGCCCCGGGGACACAGCGGGUCGUGGACGAUCGAUUCUGCUGUUUUCUGAGUGGAAUCUUUUGAGUGAGGAUAUUUUUGGGGAGAGGGGCAGAUGGGCGUGGCCCCUGGAGCGCUGUACAGAUGGGCGUGGCCCCUGGAGCGCUGUACAGAUGGGCGUGGCCCCUGGAGCGCUGUACAGAUGGGCGUGGCCCCGCUCCUCUCCCGUUAUAAAGAUUGUUUCUUGUAGAAACGUCUUUUUUCUUCCUGCUUUCCUUCGGUGUAAAUAUCAGACUGUGAAUAUAUAAAGUAAAUAUAUAUAUAUAUUUUGGAGGUGACGGCCGACUGGCUGGCCGGGGCGUGGCCAGGGCGUGGCUCGGCUCGGUGCAGCUCGGCACGGCGUGGCGGUUCAUGGACGGUGCGUGCAGGAUUUCGGCUUGUGUCAAGCUUUAUUUUUUAUGAUUUUUCAGUUUGUAAAUUCUCUGAGCGCGGUUGGUUUGGAGUGACGGAGGGAGACGGAGCGUCGGUCUCCCCCCCCCCCCCCAAAAAAAUCUAUUUAUUACACAAAUGUAUGAAAAAUAAAAUCAUGGACGAAAAUAAUAAAGGAUUUUUUCUUUUCAAA